AUGACUUUAGACAGGGUUAUAGGAAGAGUCCUAAGGAAAGAAGUCAGUGAUGACGAGGUCCAUGAACAGCCCGAAGAAGCAGCUGUUGAUGAUGUAGUUACUGAUGCCGAGGGUUUUUCAGGCAAACCCCACGACACAUCAGUUUUGAUGGAGUAUGUUUAUCAUGUGGCAGCAAAAGUUUGGAAUGGAAAGGAAUGUUCUGAGCUGAAGUUAUCCUCCCGUGGAAGGAAGGUUGAGAAAUUUGGCAGGCUUGCUCCAAAGAUCGAAGGCUUAGUGGUUAUGACAGGAUUACGUCCUCUGAUCGUAUGUUCGCUGAACACGAGUGAUCGAGGAUUUAUGUCUACUUUCGUGGAGAGGUGGCAUAAGGAAACUAGUAGUUUUCAUCUAUCAGUAGGAGAGGUGACUACCACUUUGGAUGAUGUGGCAUCGUUGUUGCAUCUGCCUAUUGCAGGCACGUUCCAUAGCUUUGAGCCUCUUCAUGUGGAUGAUGUCGUGUUUCUCUUAGUCGAAUUGCUUGAAGUCAGUGCUAAAGAGGCAAGAGCUGAGAUAGUACAAUGUCAUGGGUCAUAUGUGCGACUAUCAUGGCUGUGA